AUGAUAAUUCAAUCUAAUAACUUUCAUAGUCUCAGAACAAAAUAUUAACCAGAGUUACCAUAGUUAUUGUAAUUAGAAGAGUUAGACACGAAAACAGAAACAAUAUAAGUGAAUCCUAAAAUUCGAGAAGUAUAUUUGUAUAGUGAUAAUUUUAAAGAUGUUCCCAUUUUUAUGUAAGGAUGAAGUAAAAGCAGUCACAUUUUAAGGAGCAGAUGCUAAUGAGAAUUUAAUAAGAGCACCAUUAAGAAUAGGUAAGAUAUUAAUUGGAUUUUGAAGGUUGUGUACUUUCUGGUGGACAGGCAGCAGGUGGUCAUAAUGUUAUUGUUGGUAUUUAUGAAUAGAUAAAGAGAAGACAUCCAAAUAGUUAAUUAUUUGGAUUUUUAAAAGGACCAAUUGGUAUUUACACAGGUAAGUAUGAAGAAUUGAAAGAUGAUACAAUCAAUUAUUUUAAGAAUAGAGGAGGUUUCGAUAUGAUUUAAAGUGGAAGACAUAAAAUUGAAACAGAAGAACAAUUCAAGAAAUCUUUAUAAUAUUGUUAAUUAUUAAAAUUAGAUGGAUUAGUAGUUAUUGGAGGAGAUGAUUCAAAUACAAAUGCUUGCUUAUUAGCUGAAUAUUUUUUAAAGAAUAAUUGUUAAACUUGUGUAGUUGGUUGUCCAAAAACAAUUGAUGGAGAUCUAAAAAAUGAGUUUGUAGAAGUAAGUUUUGGAUUUGAUACAGCUUGUAAAACAUAUAGUGAAUUAAUUGGAAAUAUUAUGUUAGAUACAGUUUCAUCUAAGAAAUAUUAUCAUUUUAUUCGUUUAAUGGGAAGAUCUGCAUCUCAUAUUGCAUUAGAAUGUGCAUUAUUAACAAGACCUACUUGGGCUUAUAUAGGAGAAGAAGUAGAGAAGAAUAAGACUUCAUUAAUUUAAAUAGUUACUUAAUUGAGUGAUUUAAUUGAGAAAAGAUAUAAAUAAAAUAAAAACCAUGGUGUAAUUUUAGUACCAGAAGGUUUAAUAGAAUUUAUUGAUGAAGUGAAAAUAUUAAUUAAAGAGAUUAAUUAAAUAUUGGCAUCUAAUAAAUGGGAAUCAGAUCAAGUAUUUGAUAAUAUCUUAACUAAAUUGACACCUGAAUCAUCAAAAUUAUUAUAAUUCUUGCCAAGAAGUAUUAGUGAUUAAUUAUUGCUUGAUCGUGAUCCACAUGGAAAUGUUUAAGUGGCUAAAAUUGAAACUGAAAAAUUAUUGAUAGAAAUGGUAAAAGCAGAAUUAAUUAGAAGAAAAUACGCUGGUAAAUUUUCAGCUAUUAGUCAUUAUUAUGGAUAUGAAGGUAGAUGUGCAUUUCCUACUAAAUUUGAUUGUGAUUACUGUUAUAGCUUAGGUGUUAAUGCAGCUAUUUUAAUAGAAAAUAAAUUUACUGGAGUAAUGAGUUGCAUUCGUAAUCUACAUUAAAAUCCAUCUGAAUGGAAUGCUGCUGGUUUUCCACUAGUUACUAUGAUGGAUGUAGAAACUAGAAAAGGAAAAUCAGUUCCAGUCAUUAAAAAAGCAUUAGUUGAUCUUGAAGGCCCUCUAUUUAAAUUUUAUUAAUUAAAUAGAGAUAAAUGGGCAUUUCAUGAUUAUUAUCAUCCUGUAGGUCCUAUCUAAUUUGAAGGUGAUUAAGUUCCUCCAUUUCUUAUUAAUGGAAAAGGAUUUGAAUUUGAAGAAGUAGACAAUAAAAUAUAUGAAUAAAAACCCUAUGAAGAAAUGCAUCUCAGAAAUUUAUCAAAAUUAGGAUUAGAAAGAUCUAACACUCCUUUGGCUUUACCUAAACAUUUAAAUAUAAAGCUUUCUCUUAAAGUUAUUCAUCAUAAUUAUACUGAUAAUGUUAUGAAAGCCAUUGAAAAGCAUUUCCCAUCUCUGAUGGCUAAAAGUAUCAAUGCUUUUUAGUUUGUUCAUGAUGAUGUUCAUGAGGCACAUAAUAAACCAUUAAGAAUAGGAAUUACAUUAAAUGGUCGAUAAUCUCCUGGAGCUAAUUGUAUUAUUCGAGGAUUGUUAGCAUUAUGUGAAUAAAGUGGUUCAACUUUAUAUGGAUUUAUUGGAGGUACUUAAGGGCUUUUCAAAUAAGAAUAUAUUGAAAUUAACUAAAAUAGCUUGCAAUAUUACAUAAAUUAAGGUGGAUACCAUUAUCUAGGUCGUACUGCAGAUAAAAUGAGAACAGUGUCAGAAUUAUAAUAAGUAAAAGAAACUUGUAAUAGCCUAACCUUAGAUGGAUUAGUGGUUGUAGGUGCUUCACAUACUCUCACUGAUUGUAUAAUAGUUGCCAACUAUUUAUUGUAAGAAAAUGUUAAGACAAGAGUGAUAGGAGUUCCUUGCACUGUAGAUAAUAAUAUUGGUCAUCCAUUUUUAGAAGGUAUAGUAGGAUUUGAUACAGCAUCUAAGACAUAUUCUUAAAUGAUAGGUAAUAUAAUGAUAGAUGCAGCAAGUGCUGUAAAAUAUUGGUAUUUCAUCAGAUUGAUGGGAAGAGAUCCAUCACAUUUAGUUUUGGAAUGUGCACUUCAAACUCAUCCAAAUGUAGUAUUAAUUAGUGAGGAUAUAAAAGAGAGAGGACUUACUUUAUAAGAAGUAGUUUCAGAAAUAGCUGAUGUGGUUGUAUUAAGAUCAUAGAAAAACAAAGAGUUUGGUACUGUGUUAGUUCCUGAAGGACUAUUAGCUCAUAUAGGAUAAUUUAAAUAGUUGAUAACUGAGUUAGAUAAGCAUUUCACAACAAAUAAAUAAGAAAUAAUGAAUAAUUUAACUCCUUGGUCAGCAGCUUUAUUUUAAUCACUUCCAGAUUUCACUUAAUAAUAAUUAUUAAUGGAAAGAGAAGUUCAUGGAGGUAUUUAAUUAUCUCAAAUUGAAACUGAAAGAUUAUUAGCUCAUUUGGUUGCAGAAGAAUUAAAAGUUAGGAAAGCUGAAUCUAAAUAUAAAGGAUCAUUUUCACCUAUUUGUCACUUUUUUGGAUAUUAAGGUAGAUGUGCAUUUCCAACUCGAUUUGAUGCUAAACUAGGAGAAGUUUAUGGAUAUUUAGCAGGAUUAAGUAUUCAAAGAGGAUUAACUGGUUAUUGUGUUUCAGCUAGAGGAAUUGCUGGACCAAUAGAAAGAUGGCAUUUUAAUGUAAUUCCAUUAUUAGGGAUGUUAUCUAUUAAAUAAAAGAGUGCUUAUGGAGAGGCUUAACCUGUUAUUGCUAGUUAUGAAGUAGAUUUAAAAUAGGUAAUUAAAUCUAUUUAAUUUAGGCACUCUUUAAAUACUUCAGUUAAAUUUCUAAAAAUUGGUAUUUAAAAGAUCAUUAUGAGAAUCCAGGACCAAUCUAAUUUUAUGGACCAAUGGCUCGUAGACCCACUUUGACUGUAGAACUCAGUUAUAAAUGUUAUGUUGAUUAAAUUGAAGAAAUUGAACGUCUUGUUGAAGUGAUAUCUGAAUAAUGCAGAUUUGAAACCAGGGCUGAUUUACUUGAUUUAGCAAUUGCUUAGUUAAAAGUUUUAGCUAAAACAAUUGAAGUUGUGAAAGAGGCUAAACAAUGAAAUAUAUAUAAAUUUAAUA